AUGAUCAAUCAUAAAGGUUUCAGUUCACUAGACUAUAUUGGCUAUGGUUGUUGGUGCGGUUGGGGUACUUAUGGUGCAAAAGUACUUGAUAAUACAGAUCGCUGUUGCCAAUUGCACGAUCAAUGUUAUGACCGUAUUUCAGGUGGAUUUUUCGGCUGUUCACCAAAGCUUGUCACUUAUGAUUGGAAAGAAUUAUCAAAUGGCGGGAUUCAAUGCACGGAUAAAGCAAAUACGUGUGAUCGCAACGCAUGUGAAUGUGAUCGAGCAGCUGUCGAAUGUUAUGAGCAAUAUAGGCAAAGCUAUAAUGCUAAUUUUCUGGAUGGGAAAUAUACAGGCAACAAAAAGAUUGCAUGCAAAUAA